GACUUGCAGCUGACAGAGAUAGACAAGAGAGAGGAGCGAGAGAUAGCAGGGGAGGAAUGGAGUAAAGAAGGCAGCUCUGAGAACCUGUUUCUGCGGCCUGUUAGCACUGAGCAGACUGUAACUGGGAUGAGCGGCCUGGUGAGCUGAGGUUUGACUUUCUGUUAGCUGGGCUGAAGACGGUCACAUAGAGAAUAACUAAAUAAAUAAUAUUAAGAGACAGAGCAACUUCCCUGCUGUUGCCACCACUGACAAUCGGUGUCGUAUCAAAGUACUUGAUGGCUGUUACACAGGCUGUGCUCCCUUCCUUCAGCUCCUUCUCCAACCUCGCUCAAUCCACUGACAAUAUGAAAGUGUGGAAGUCUGAGAGUGACUCUCUCCCUCCGGACUCUCUCAGCAACAAACUGUCACCACACAGCUCUGAGCAGCUGCAGGUCUCUCAACAAAUGACAGAGGAGCUCCUGGAUGAUGACAGCCAGGCAUCUUGGGACAUUGAGUUCCUGCUGUCUGAAUGGAGCAACCCGUCACCUGACCUCAACCCCUCUCUGGACAACAAUGAUCAACGGCUGCCACAGUUAGACCCAAACACAGCGUACGAAGAGGCGGCGACGUUUAAGGACCGACCAGGACAGGAGCAUCUGCAGAUGAACGCUAGUUGCCUCAUGGCUGAACUCCUGUCCCCGGCUGAAACCAUCACCACCACGUCAGUCCAGCCAGUGCUGUACCACCAUGGUUAUAAUGAUGACCAAACAGGUCGGACUUCGUUUCACAGUCAACCUAAUGUAGAUCAGUAUGUCUUUCCUCAAGGAGGCAGUGUGGAGAGGCACGGCAGAGGAAACCUCACUAAAGUCUCAUCAUGGGACUUUAACCCUUACUAUCCCCAGCAACACCCCUCUAUGGUGACCUUCCCCGACAGCAGGUUCAUACCAACUCAGGCUGUGACCCCUGACCCUCGACACUACAGCUACAUUCCACAUUUUAACCACAAUGCCAACCUUUACUGUGACUACACCCUCGGCCAGGCCACCAGUCACCUUCCCCUCCACCAGCAGCCUCUGCUGGUCGGACCACAGCUGCCCCCUGUUGGGGUGGAGGGAAAGCGUGGUCGAAGGGCUACAGGGAAAAAGAGGCCCGCCAUCCACAGCUGUGAAUACCCGGGCUGCACCAAGACCUACACCAAGAGCUCACACCUAAAGGCUCACCUCCGCACCCACACAGGGGAAAAGCCUUACCACUGUUCAUGGGAGGGCUGCAGCUGGAAAUUUGCGCGCUCCGAUGAGCUGACACGUCACUACCGCAAGCACACUGGCCAGAAACCCUACGAGUGCCUGCUGUGUCAGAGGGCCUUCUCCCGCUCCGACCACUUGGCUCUGCACAUGAAGAGACACAACUGAUGCUCUCACUCACUCACUCACUCACUCACUCACUCUCACUCUCACACACACCACUGCAAUUUAAACAAAGUAAUUCAAAGGUAGAGGAUUCACAAUGAUCUGGAUGUUCUGUGAAUUUUUAAUAUGUUUGUGACUCAGUGACCUCAUAUAUUAACUGAACAUGUUCCCGGUAUUAAUUUGAAAUCUACACUUGAUUACCUGGCUGUUUUAGAAGACAGGCCCACACGUAGACUCAGGUCAUGAGAAGUGACAACACAACUGGUGGUACAAUGGCAUCACAAAUCAUUGUGUACAUGAUGCCUGGUGGAAGUUAUUUGUUUGUCCGUUUUUGGUGUACUUCAAAAAACAAAUGAGACUAAUUUAAUUCAUGAGCCUCUAAUAUAUUAAGUCCUCUCCUGUCCUAAAGAAAUGAUCGAUAUCCACGGCUUAUAGCCUUUAGCUAAUGACUGCUCAACAGAUAUAUUUUAAGAGUACUCUGCUGAUUUCGCAUUGCACUCUUAUAACAUUCUCAGACUCACGAUUGAAAGUUUAAAAAAGAUGCCACAGAAUCAUAGACUGUAUAAAAGAAGCGGACGUAGCCACCGUGAUGUCACCCAUCGGUUUGUGGACAGCCAUUACGAAGCCUUGAUUUUGGUAUAUUGGUCGUCGCCAUCUUGUUUUUUUCUGGAGCCAGAAGUGACCACGUACAAAGAUUGCUGUCAAUCACAAGGUAGCCAUGCCUUAAAGCAUACGAUUAUUGCUAUUUACUCUAAAUAGGACCAUAAUUUACAAAAUUAACAUCUUGCUGUAUUGAAGGAAACUUGCAACUACCAAUUAAGAUCAUAAAGUCAUUAGGAAAAAUGUUUACUAAGGUUAAAAAAAUCAAGUGAGAAGCGCAGUAAUUUUCUGUUAGGUCACCACUGAAGUCACCCUCUGCUGGCCAUUACAAAGAAUGCAGGUUUAAGGCACUUCUGCAUUGGCUUCACUUAUCAUUCUCAGAGGCUACAUCCACUUCUUUUAUACAAUCUAUGAGCAGAGCCUGAGAUAUUGUGGCAAGGCACCCACAUUACCUACAAUUCGAUUUGGCUACUCACAGCUCUGUUAUAGAUUGUGUUACGCUAUUAGCAGCUGGUGUAGCCUUGAGCCACUAGUGUAAAGUAGAGAUGGCUAAAAAGGUCUAAAUACUCACUUCUUUCUUACUCCACACCUCCAGAUGUUUUUCCCUUUUUUUAAAUUUAAUUUUCAAACUUGUAGUCUUCAGACCCAACUGACACUGACUCAAGGGAUCACCUGAAGCAAUUCAUAAGAUUAUCUGCAUCUCCCUCUGGAGCCACAUAAGGUUUUAAACAGUUUUUCUUUCAUAUAUGCAGUGGUACUCUCCAAGACCUAGUUGAUAUAGGGUGCAACUUUUUUGGAUGUGACAAGCAAAAGGUUCGCAAAAACAUUACAUUUCUCUGUGGGGUCCUUUCCACAAUGCUGUCAGACACUCAAAAUAACAAUCUGAGCCUGUCAGUGGCAAAAACAAGCACUUUCAUUUACAUUGCAACCUAUUUUGCGGCUGAAGGUGGAAGCACUCUCUCUCAAUACUGGACCAAUUUCAAAAAUUGUUGCUCCCACAAGUCACUUAGACACGAAAACACGAGAAAAUAGAGUCCAGGUUGGAAAAAAAAUACCAGAGUUCCCCUUUAAUGCAACACUCUAGGUUCCAGUUUAGAUACCGUGAACUCGAAUCGAUAACUUGGACAUCAUUAUUCAGAUGUUCACAGUGAGGUGUUGGACUUGACAAAGAUGUUAAAGUGGGCUUUUCUCUUUUUGUCUCACCCUAAUAAAGACACACACACACGGACAGAGGGCCAGAACAAGAACACACUUAUAAUGUAAAGUUAGCAUGCUUUCAGCAAUAAGGGCAACUUCGACCACCGAUCACCAGAAAAAAAGGUUGGCAUUGUGCAUUUCUACAAAAGGUAUGUGGUGGAUAGACUGAACCUUUACGUUUCAACAGUGCUGUGGAUACCAUAUGGUUAUGUUUAAGCACAAAAACCACUUGCUUAUGGUUAGGAAAGGCUUACAACACCCAGUUGGGGGGGUAUGAUCCCAGCAGGAGAAGCAGUGAUGUCACGGUAAAAAAGCAGCCGCUUUCUGUGCCUAAAGACCUACUGGAUACACAGCACUGACUCGCUACAUCACAACCACUUUUGUUGUUUGUUGGUCUUGAACCGUGCUCUGCAGCUUGGCAGGCAUCUUGACCAAAGUCAGCUCAUAUACGUUGUCACUUUAGAAACGCUGAUAAGAUACAUAUCAAACAUGCAAAUAAAACAUAUCUGGGUUUGCAGAAACUAACAAUGCCAACAUUUUCUACUGGUGACUGGGCUGUAGAUCAACACUGUACACACUGUGGGCAUGUAGACAGCAAACGUUAACACUAACAAAAGACCUACCACAAAAUGUGUGUAAUACGGGUUAUAAUACAAUACACAGUAGUGUAUCCUGUGGGAUCUCAUGGUGCGCUGAACAAAUUCAUGACUGCUUAGUUGCAAUGCUUAGCUGUAGAUAAUCUGAUAUCUUUGUUAGCUUCCAUAUUGAUUGUAAUACAAAGAAACAAGCCAUAAAGUUAAACUAUGUUAUUACACCAUGAAUGCAGGGUUAUGCAUUUUUGUCACCUAACUUUAUGUUUGUUUGUUUGGGGAUUUUUAAUUUAAGAAAAACAUAUAUAUGCUUUUGUCUCUCGUAUCAAGCAGAAUUUAUAACUGUAAAUAAUCUGCAUCUUUUCCAGUUGUUAAUUAUCACCUAAAAAUGCGAGACACAUAUUUAUUAAUAUAAUCUUUUAUAUCAACAGCAGAUAUUAUAUUAUUGUACAGUGUUUUUCUAUUCUCAAAAGAGUGCUUUAGAGUCUUUUCAUUGUUUUAAUUCUAAUAAAGACCUCUAUUGCUGUAA